UCGCUGGAACUGCUCUGAGCGCAUUGACAGGUAGAACUCCGAUUCAGGCAAAACUCGUCAUGGCUGGUAGAAAAGCAGUAGAAGUAUAUCUUGAUUUAUUGUCGCAGCCAUGUAGAGCCGUGCAAAUAUUUCUUAGGAGCACAAAAAUACCUCACACGGUGAAAUUAGUUGCAAUCCGAAAAGGAGAAAACAGGACCCCCGAGUUUACCGGACUAAAUCCAAUGCAGAAGGUGCCCGUCAUGGUUGAUAAUGGAUUUGUUCUGACAGAGAGUGAUGCCAUUCUGAAGUAUCUUGCUACCAAAUACGAUGUCCCUGACCACUGGUACCCACGUCACGCAGAGAGGAGGGCGAAGGUCAAUGAGUACACUGCUUGGCAUCAUACCAACACCCGUCCACAUGCGGCUAAAGUUUUCAUUCUUGAGGUGCUGUUGCCUCGUAUGAUGGGACAACCCAUAGAGCCUGAAAAGGUACAGAAAGCUUUGGUUGAGCUCAGUGGCACGCUAGAUAAGCUGGAAGGCAUGUUCCUGAAAAGGCAACCCUUUUUGUGUGGAGAUGACAUCAGCCUGGCUGACCUGCUGGCCAUCUGUGAAAUCAUGCAGCCCCUGGGGGGUGGCAGAGACAUCCUGCAGGAUCGACCCAAACUGUUGAGCUGGAGGAGCAGAGUCCAGUCAGCCCUGAAAGACUCUUUCGACGAGGCGCACACAGUCCUGUACCGCUUGCGGGACAAGUCCAAAGCGAAAUUAUGAGCACCAGCAGUGAUGCAUUGACGAGUCUAGAGUCAAUUUAAGCUCUGACGAAGCAGGUGUGCCAUGCACGAUCAAACUAAAUGAUUUAUGCUUGAACUCGGUGGGUGAGUUCUGAAACACUAGGCUUUUUGAGUUGUGUCUGCAAGUUCCAUGAUUGAUACUACAGAUAAUUUAGACAUGCAGUGCCACAUACAUCUAGUGCAGCAAAUCGUCCCCUUAGAAUUAUAAGGUGACAUUUUUGUCAAAAUUGAGUUAUUGACAUUAUUAUGUGACAACUUAAGAUGAGGUGAGAUGUUUCUUGCAGUUGUAUGCAUUUUUCACAAUAGAACUAUAUCUAAAGAGCUUUGUUCUGCUUAACCAAAGAUCCUUGAUUACUAGCUCUGCUUUAACCCUCUUUGGCUUAAUAGAAUUCCAUUAAGUUAUACUAAGACUUUGAUGCUCAAUAACUUAGAACGUAGAUAGAACCUUAUAAUUCCAAGGGGACAAAAGUUCUUUGUUAUUGGAUUUCAGUCUUCAAUUUUUCUUUUGCUCUGUACUGUCUUUGGAUGCAGACAUUUCCCUGAUUUGAUACAAUAUAAAACAAUUAACAGAUCAUAAAUAUGUCCAUAUAUUGAGAUGUGCCUUUGAAAAACAUUUGAUUCUCAUUGAUUCUUAAUGCAUUAAUACCAUCAUUCUGUACCAUCUGGAUGUAUGGAUUUUUACAUACAAGACAUACUACUGUCAUACAUAUCACUUAUUGUAGUGGGCCUGGAUUAAAUUAAAACACACUUAAAUCACAAGUGAAAGUUUAUUAUAAAACCUGAAUC